CUUUCCCUCUCUCACUCUCUCCAAUUACUGUAUAUGUUGGCAUGCUGAGUUCUUGAAUUAGCUGAGCUUAGUUGAGGAAAUAGGAUUUAUGAUUUUGUUGUGAAUAAUGUGUGUAUUGUUAGAAUCCCAAAUGCUAAGAAAUUUGAUCGGAUUACUAUUUGCAGCAGCAUUUUAAGUAUUGGCCUAUUGGGGCUUUGAUAAACGUUGGAGCUACUGCAUAUUUGUCCUUUCUCCAUUGCUGAAAUGAUUAAAUUAUGACUCAAUAUUAUAAUAAUGCCUUAGGUGAAUAAUUGCACAUGUAUUUAUUCACAUGGCCUUUUCAUUCUGUGGAUGGGGAUUUGAGGUGUUUGGAGGGAGAGGAGUAGAGAAUGAUGAAGAACUCAGUGUCAGAGCAGAGCUUCUACAUAGAGAGUGAGGAUGAGGAGGAGGUGGAGGUGUCUGGGAGAGCUGAUGGUGAUGAUGAGGGUGAGGAAGCUGGGAACGGUUCUGAUUCGUCGAAUUACUGCAGUGAUAACGACGACAAUGAUGAUGGGGAUAGGGAGCAGAGCAAGCCCAAUUCCCUCAACCCCUCUUGGCCUCAAAGUUACAGGCAAUCCAUUGAUCUAUACAGCAGCGUCCCAUCUCCGAGCCUCAACUUUCUCGGGACGCCCUCAUUAUCUCGUUUAGGCAGCUCGUUCCUCUCAUCGUCCCUUACAAGGAGACACACUCCCGAGAUAUUACCUACUCUCAGCAAGCCUCUUAUACCCGAGGCUGAGAAGAGUAAAGAAAGACGAAGCUCACACUCUCUCCUUCCGCCUAUCCCAUCGAGGAAGUCUAGUUUGAAGAAAAUAACACCUGAUGGCAAAUCAGCAGUCUCACACGAGCUCCCGAUUGCUCGCCACAGCUCAUACGGCCAAGCUGUGCUAAAUGGCAUGAAUGUACUGUGUGGAGUCGGAAUCCUUUCGACUCCUUACGCUGUCAGAGAAGGAGGCUGGCUCGGGCUUUCCAUAUUAUUGAUCUUUGCUGUACUUUCUUACUACACCGGAAUCCUCCUCCGCCUCUGUUUGGACAGUACACCGGGGCUUGAGACGUAUCCCGACAUUGGCCAGGCUGCAUUUGGCACCAUAGGCCGUGUCGCCAUAUCUAUUGUUUUGUACGUGGAGUUAUACGCUUGCUGCGUUGAAUACAUUAUUUUGGAGAGCGAUAACUUGUCGUCGUUAUUUCCAAACGCACAUCUAAACCUCGGAAUUAUCCAAUUGGACUCUCCCCAUCUUUUUGCCGUGGCGGCCACCUUGGCCGUCCUUCCAACCGUUUGGUUACGGGAUAUGAGCAUCCUCAGUUACAUCUCCGCUGGCGGAGUCAUUGCAUCGAUCUUAGUAGUCGCGUGCUUGUUUUGGGUCGGAUUAGUGGACGAAGUCGGAUUCCAGACGAAAGGGACAGUUCUAAACCUUUCUUCUCUACCCGUUGCUAUUGGUCUCUACGGGUAUUGCUACUCGGGGCACGCUGUUUUUCCCAAUAUUUAUACGUCCAUGGACAAACCGAGCCAGUACCCUUCCGUUCUCCUCACGAGCUUUGCAAUCUGCACCGUGAUGUAUGGUGCGGUUGCUGUGCUCGGAUACAUGAUGUUUGGCGAGUCGACACAAUCACAGUUCACUCUCAACAUGCCUCAGGACUUACUUGCCUCUAAAAUCGCUGUGUGGACAACGGUUGUGAAUCCAUUUACAAAGUAUGCAUUAACCAUGUCUCCCGUGGCGAUGAGUCUGGAAGAGCUGAUCCCGUCUAGCCACUCCAAGUCGUAUAUGUAUUCAAUCCUCAUUCGUACAGCAUUGGUUGUAUCCACGUUGAUCGUAGGCCUCAGCAUCCCCUUCUUCGGUCUCGUGAUGGCAUUGAUCGGCUCUCUACUCACCAUGCUAGUAACGUUGAUUCUUCCGUGCGCGUGCUACUUGAGCAUCUUGAAGGGGAAGGUCUCCGUGUUUCAAGGAUCGAUGUGCAUACUGGUGAUCGGAGUAGGCGUGGUUUCGUCGGCGUUCGGAACCUAUUCAGCCCUCUCCCAGAUUGUCCAGAAUUUGAGCUCAUGAAUGUUUUGCAGUGUGUUUGUUUCUUACACAUCAUAUUCAUAUACUCAAUUUCUUCAGCAUUCUCUCUACCUAACACAGUAGUGUUGGGAAUUGUUAGUUAGUUAGAUAUUAGUGUGUGAUUUUUCAUGAAUUUUGACAUUGUUUUUGUUGCCUUUUGCUGUAAAAUCCCAUGCUUUUAGAAAUUUGCUUCGACGAAAAAAUGUAUCACAAUUUCCAUUUCGGUCAUUCAUCAAAAGUGUAUCACUUUUUU